UACGACCGGCGUACGUCUGCCAUCAGACAGUUGUAACGUUGAUGGGUGGAUUGUAGCCUCUUAACCAGAUACAGUGUACCAAUUAUUGCGCUCCUGUAUAUAUUUUUGCGUUCAUAGAAAAGUAUUUUAAUAGGAAUUUCACUCGUAAAAAGAAGAUCUAUAACCGAGAAACUGAGUUUUAAUCUACGACCGCUGGAAACCUAAUUAGAAGACUGCUUACGAAUCGUUCAUUUCGUGGAGGAAGGCGGACAGGAUUCCUAACGUCCUUGACUCAUUUGUGGGAUUGUGCAGUAAGAAGAUGCCCGCUGAUAUGAUGGAGAAAACCUCAUCAUCCCCGGUUGCUGCGACCCCGGCAAGCAUGAACACGACUCCCGAUAAACCCAAGACAGCUUCUGAACACAGAAAGUCUUCUAAACCAAUCAUGGAGAAAAGGAGGAGAGCAAGAAUUAACGAGAGCCUCGGCCAGUUGAAGACCCUGAUAUUGGAUGCACUCAAAAAAGACAGUUCCAGACACUCAAAGCUGGAAAAAGCGGACAUCCUUGAAAUGACUGUGAAGCACCUCAGGAACCUGCAGAGAGCGCAGAUGACUGCUGCUUUAAACACGGAUCCAUCCGUCCUUAGUAAAUAUAGAGCCGGAUUCAGUGAAUGCAUGAACGAAGUCACUCGAUUCCUGUCCACCUGCGAAGGGGUUAACACCGAGGUCAGGACUCGGCUCCUCGGCCACUUGGCCAGCUGCAUGUCCCAGAUCAACGCCAUGAACUACCCGGCCACUCACCAGAUCCCCGCUGGUGCACCCCAUCCCGCUUACGGACAGCCGAUCGUGCAGAUCCCCAGCGGCUCCCCGCAGCUCAAUGGGGUGCCUUGUAAAGGGGGUUCACCGGCCGCUCUGCAGUCGGAAACCGCGAAAUUGUACGGCGGGUUCCAGAUUGUACCGGCCACGGAUGGUCAAUUUGCCUUUAUAAUUCCCAACGCGGCCUUUGCACCAAAUGGAGCGCUUAUCCCCGUGUAUUCGAACGCCAGUACGCCGGUCCCGGCUGCCGUCUCGCCUGGCGCCGCCUCGGUCACCUCGGACUCCGUGUGGAGGCCGUGGUAGAGGCGCCUCACCUAGAGGACAGGAGGAAAAUGAACUUUUGAGUAUGAAUAUGACUUUUGUUAAGAAUUUAUUUUUUGUAAGUGUGUUGAAAGAUCAUGCACUAUAUUUGUAUAUAUGAGGGGAAAUUCAUAUUGAACGGAUAUUUGUAUUGUACUUCAGUGUCUUGGACUGCAUUUUUUUUAUAUUCGAGGUAUCGUUUUUCACUUUGUGAUGCCAAAGAUAUGUUGAAUGCUCUAACAUUUCUUCUUUUUGGAAGACGAAUAAAUCUUAUAAGAAAUUA